AUGGCCGCCAUGGGUCGGCUGGGCUUCCUGGCCACGGCAGUGGUCUUCCACUUGGUGUACAUCUAUUCCAUCUUCGACAUCUACUUCGUCAGCCCUAUCGUGUCUGGCAUGCAGCUGGUCUCCGUGGACCGUCCCGCAAACAUCAAGAGCCCUGCGGAUCGACUUGUCCUCUUCGUGGGUGACGGAUUACGUGCCGACAAAGCUUUCCAGGCCUUCCCCGAGCCAUAUCCCGAGUCGGACGCAGACCUUGUCCCCAGGCACUUGGCUCCCUUUAUCCGCUCCCGCGCCCUCCACCAUGGAACAUUCGGCGUCUCGCACACUCGUGUGCCUACCGAGUCCCGACCCGGCCAUGUGGCCAUGAUUGCCGGUCUCUACGAGGAUGUCUCUGCGGUCGCAACAGGGUGGAAGCUCAACCCUGUCAACUUUGACAGUGUGUUUAACAGGAGCCGUCAUACUUGGAGCUGGGGCAGUCCCGACAUCUUGCCAAUGUUUGAGCGCGGAGCCGUGCCCGGCCGUGUCGAUGCUUACAUGUAUGCUGCCGACUUUGAAGACUUCUCCAAGGAUGCGACGCACCUCGACAUCUGGGUCUUUGACCACGUCAAGGACCUCUUCACCCAGGCCGCAAAGAACAAGACUCUUGACCGAGCCCUUCGAGAGGACAAGGUUGUCUUUUUCCUUCACCUCCUCGGUCUGGACACGACUGGUCAUGGGUUUAGGCCAUUUUCCAAGGAGUAUCUGCGCAAUAUCCAAAUCGUCGACAGGGGUGUUCAAGAGGUGACAGACCUCAUUCAGAAAUUCUAUGGAGAUGACCGAACUGCAUUCGUCUUCACCGCGGACCACGGCAUGAGUGACUGGGGCAGCCACGGCGAUGGUCAUCCGGACAACACCAGGACGCCUCUUGUCUGCUGGGGCUCGGGCGUGGCCUCCCCUGUCUUGCAUCCGGGGAAGAUUGCCCCGGGCCACGACGAUCUGUCGGCCGACUGGAACCUGGAUCACGUUCAAAGGCACGACGUCGCGCAGGCUGAUAUCGCUGCGCUCAUGUCUUACCUUAUCGGCACCGAGUUUCCAGCAAACUCUGUGGGCAAGUUGCCUCUCCCGUACCUCUCUGCAGACUUACGGCAAAAGGCAAAGGGAUUGCUCGCCAAUGCGCGCGAGAUCCUGGAAAUGUACAGGGUCAAGGAAGAGAAGAAGCAAGCAAACGAGAUGAGAUAUAAGCCUUACGGUGCCUUUGGCGCUGCGGGACUGACUCCGGCUGAGCGUGUGGCUCGCAUCGACGAGCUGAUCUCUUCCGGUAAAUACGAAGAAGCUAUCGAGGAGUCCGACGCUCUCAUCAACCUCACCCUGGAAGGGUUGCGCUAUCUCCAGACCUAUGACUGGUUGUUCCUGCGUGCCUUGAUCACUGUUGGGUACCUCGGCUGGAUAGCAUAUGCCAUCACCACGGUCAUUAACCUGUAUGUGGUUCCGGCGCCCACCGCACCCAAGCGCAACAUUUCAACCGUUGUUGGGUUCUCCUCCGUCUUGGCUGCAUUGUACGCAUCCUUCAUCGCAUCCAAGUCCCCUCCUACGUACUACGCCUAUGCCUUGUUCCCCGUUGUGUUUUGGGAAGAGGUCUUUGCGCAGAGGGACAACCUGCGAGAGGGAGGUCGGCUGCUGUUUGCGCACAUCAAUUCGGCUGGCCAGGUUGCGACUCUUGUUGCGAAUGCAAUAAUUUACUGUGCCAUUCUCAUAUCUUUGGCCCUUGGGUACAUUCAUCGCGAAAUCCUGACUGGUCUGUUCAUCUUGGGGACGAUAUGGCCUCUCACGUGUGGCAUUUCCUUUGUUCGCUCGAAUGCACUACUCAGCGCGGCCUGGGCAGUCUCUUGCUUGGUCAUGAGCACGUUUACACUUUUGCCAGCAAUGAAGCUUGAGAACGUUGACCUGAUAGUCGUCAGCGGUGUGAUCAUGAGCCUGAUCGGCUUGUUGUACAUGGCUUUCGAGCCGUUUGUACUGUCAGACUUUUCCUUGGCGGGCGUUGAAUCCAACAAGUACAAAAACUCUCAACUCAGCAGGGUGGCAACAGGCAUCCAGGUUGGCCUCAUCAUUCUUGCUACACUGGUGACUCGCUCGAGCGCCCUGUCAAUUCAAGCCAAGCGAGGGUUGCCCUUGGGCAACCAGGUCAUGGGCUGGAUUGUUCUGAUCUCCUCCUUUUUGACGCCACUGCUGCAUCGAUUGUCACCAAACAGCAAUUUCAUGCACCGUCUUGCCAUGAUGUUCUUCACAUGCGCUCCCACAUUCAUCAUCUUCACGAUAUCGUACGAGGGCCUUUUCUAUGUCGCUUUCUCACUUUUGCUUCUCAUUUGGGUGCGUCUAGAGCAUCGUCUCGAGACGUUCGGCGUAGCCCAGAACGGCAGUGCAACCGGGGCCGCAAAGACCGACACGGCCGUAUCGUACCGGCCAUUGCGGUUGUCCGACGCCCGCGUUGCCCUGUUCUUCAUGGUGCUCCUCCAAUCCGCCUUCUUCAGCACCGGAAACGUCGCCUCCGUCUCAUCCUUCAGUCUGGAGAGCGUGAACCGGCUGAUCCCAGUCUUCGACCCCUUUUCACAGGGCGCACUGCUCAUCCUUAAGCUCAUGAUCCCCUUUGUCCUCAUUUCGGCAAACCUUGGCAUCUUGAACACGCGGCUCCGGGUGGCGCCGUCGGCAUUCUUCAUGGUCGUCAUGGCAGUCAGCGACAUCCUGACCCUCUACUUCUUCUGGGUCGUCAAGGAUGAGGGGUCUUGGUUGGAAAUUGGAUCCACCAUCAGCCAUUUUGUGAUUGCCAGUCUUUUGUGUGUGUUUGUUGCACUGCUCGAGGGCGUCAGCGCCAUGUUUAUCAGUGGCAUUGACGUUGGCGACGUGUCACAUGAGGGCCAGAAGAGUCUGGUAAAUGGAAAAAAGGACGUAAAAGAGGUACAGAACUAG